AUGCUCCAGAGUGCCGGCGGUUCGGCUACAAUUGGUCUUGGAUAUGGUGUCGUUGGUGAUAUCACAGAGCCUUCUGAGCGUGGAUCAUACAUGGGCAUCCUAGGCUGCGGCCCAAACGUUGCACCUGGCCUGGGACCUGUGCUCGGCGGCGUGCUCGCCGAGAAGGCAGGCUGGCGCUGGAUUUUUGGGUUUCUGGAGAUUUCAGGCGCUCUCAGCCUCGUGCUGAUUGCCGUCCUGCUGCCAGAAACUGGGCGCAACAUUGUUGGCAAUGGUUCCCGCCCUGUCCCUGCCUUGAACAAAAGUCUUCUGCUCCUCUGGCAAGAAAACAGGCAAAGGAAGAUCCCCCUGUCGACCCCCGAAGGAUAUCGCACGGCUGCAUCAGAAGCUGUUUCCCGCAUAGCGAGGUUGAGGAUACCAAAUCCUCUGGGAAGUGUGCAUAUAUUCCUGCAGAAAGAAAGCGCCCCCAUUAUCCUCAUCAAUGGAGUCUUUUACAGCGCAUACUGCUGCCUGCAAGCUUCCCUGUCGUCUCUAUUCAUCACAAUAUACGGGUACAAGGAGUUGGAAGCUGGCUUGAUCUACCUACCAUUUGGCGUAGGAUGCUUUGUUGCGUCCUUACUCUCCAGUAAGUACGAAGGCACUCUUUUCAACAUUUACCCGAAACCCACCCUUUUAUUGUAUCAUCGCCGAAACGUCUGCGUCCCAGAGACUCGCGUUUCCGAUUUUCCACGCCCGUCUACGAAGCAUGGCCUACCUGCUUCCUAUUCCAUUUUUGCUCUUCUUGCGUACGGCUGGGUCCUGGAGUACCACGUGCACCCUUCCAUUCCACUUGUCCUGCAAUUCUUCAUCGGCGGCGCCAUGACCAUUGUGUUCAACGCAUGCGGGACUCUCCACGUCGACCUGCACUCGACACGUCCGUCGACUGCCCAGGCGGCUCUGAAUUUGCUUCGUUGUGCCCUUGCCGCAGGAGAACUUGCGGCAUUACAGCCGCUCAUCGACGCCAUCGGUCCGGGGUGGUGCUAUACCGUGAUUGCCUUGGUGACUGGCGGCGUUGCCGGCGUGUGCGUCUUUAUUCGGAGGCUAGUCUGGAUGCUUUUCGGUGACGCUCCGUGCACCCAAGGGCAUGACGUUCGCCAAUCAAGAGCACAAUCCUUCCUCCGGUCAUUCAAGAUUGAGGACGACGUUCCGAGACGAUAUCUAUGCCUCUGA